GUGUGUUUGUGUGUGUGUGUGUGUGCGUGCGCGUAUGUGCAUGCGCGUGUAUUCUUACAAAGGGCAUUUUACGAGUGAUUGAUUCGCAGCCCUCCCCCUUUGCCCUUUGUGUGGUAACCCCGCUCGCGCCAUCCCCGGUGCUGCUUCCUCCCCCCCCCCCCCCCCCCCCCCUGGCCUCUACGCGAGCGCGGGUCGCGGGUUUGUGCCUUCGUCCCUGCUUUGCUUCCUGCAGCCUCCUCGGGACCCUCGCUUAUCCCGGUUCAGCGCGCGGCCUCCUGAACCCCGCUUUCCCUGCCGAUCGUCCCGCCGCCCGCCAUGGCGACCGCGACCCCCAUGCAGCCGCGGUCCGGCAGCCGCGCCAGCGCUCCCGCCACGCCGCUGAGCCCCACGCGGCUGUCGCGGCUGCAGGAGAAGGAGGAGCUGCGCGAACUCAACGACCGGCUGGCUGUGUAUAUCGACAAGGUGCGCAGCCUGGAGACGGAAAACAGUGCGUUGCAGCUGCAGGUGACGGAACGAGAGGAGGUGCGUGGCCGCGAGCUCACCGGCCUCAAGGCGCUCUACGAGACCGAGCUGGCCGAUGCGCGACGCGCGCUGGACGACACGGCCCGCGAGCGCGCCAAGCUGCAGAUCGAGCUGGGCAAGUUCAAGGCCGAGCACGACCAGCUGUUACUCAAUUACGCUAAGAAAGAAUCUGAUCUUAAUGGAGCCCAUAUCAAGCUUCGAGAAUAUGAGGCAGCAUUGAAUUCUAAAGAUGCAGCUCUGGCUACUGCUCUUGGUGACAAAAAGAGUUUGGAGGGUGAUUUGGAGGACCUGAAGGAUCAGAUUGCCCAGUUGGAAGCCUCCUUAGCUGCUGCCAAAAAGCAGUUAGCAGAUGAAACUUUACUUAAGGUGGAUUUGGAGAAUCGUUGUCAGAGCCUCACCGAGGAUUUGGAGUUUCGCAAAAAUAUGUAUGAAGAGGAGAUUAAUGAGACCAGGAGGAAGCAUGAAACUCGCUUGGUAGAGGUGGAUUCUGGGCGCCAGAUUGAGUACGAGUACAAGCUGGCUCAGGCCCUUCAUGAGAUGAGAGAGCAGCACGAUGCCCAAGUGAAACUGUACAAGGAAGAGCUGGAGCAGACGUACCACGCCAAGCUUGAGAAUGCCAGACUGUCCUCAGAGAUGACUACUUCUACUGUCAACAGUGCCAGAGAAGAGCUGAUGGAAAGUCGGAUGAGAAUUGAGAACCUUUCAUCUCAGCUUUCUAAUCUACAGAAAGAGUCAAGAGCAUGGUUGGAAAGGGUUCAAGAGCUGGAGGACUUGCUUGCUAAAGAAAGAGACAACUCUCGGCGCAUGCUGACUGACAAAGAGAGAGAGAUGGCAGAAAUAAGAGAUCAGAUGCAGCAACAGCUGAAUGAUUAUGAACAACUGCUUGAUGUCAAGUUAGCUCUGGACAUGGAAAUCAGUGCUUAUAGGAAACUCUUAGAAGGCGAAGAAGAGAGAUUGAAGCUCUCGCCAAGCCCUUCUUCCCGUGUGACAGUUUCCCGAGCAUCGUCAAGUCGCAGUGUGCGUACAACCAGGGGGAAGCGGAAGCGAGUUGAUGUGGAAGAAUCGGAGGCCAGCAGUAGUGUUAGCAUCUCUCAUUCUGCUUCAGCCACUGGGAACGUCUGCAUUGAAGAGAUAGAUGUUGAUGGGAAGUUUAUCCGCUUGAAGAACACCUCUGAACAGGAUCAACCAAUGGGAGGGUGGGAGAUGAUCAGAAAAAUAGGCGACACAUCAGUCAGUUACAAAUAUACCUCAAGAUAUGUGCUGAAGGCAGGCCAGACUGUUACGAUCUGGGCUGCAAAUGCUGGUGUCACGGCCAGUCCUCCUACCGACCUCAUCUGGAAGAACCAGAACUCCUGGGGCACUGGCGAAGAUGUGAAGGUUAUAUUGAAAAAUUCUCAGGGAGAGGAAGUUGCGCAGAGAUGUACAGUCUUUAAGACAACCAUACCUGAAGAGGAAGAAGAGGAGGAAGAAGCAGCUGAGUUGGCUGUUGAGGAAGAAAUUUUCCACCAGCAGGGAACUCCAAGAGCAUCUAAUAGAAGCUGUGCAAUUAUGUAAACUUCUCAAAUCAACUGUCUUCCUCAGAGUAAAGACAUAUGGUAAUCCUUACCUACAUACAGUGCAGAGCCUUCUCAGAAGCACAGAAUAUUUUUAUAUUUCCUUUAUGUGAAUUUUUAAGCUGCGAAUUGAUGGCCUUAAUUUCCUUUUUUGACACUGAAAUGUUUUGUAAAAGAAAUCAUAUCCAUACACUUUGUUGCAAGAUGUGAAUUAUUGACACUGAACUAACUGUACUGUUUGGAAAGGGUCCCUCAAAUUUUUGACAUUUUUUGUAUUCUAUGUGGGUUUUUUUUUUGUUUUUUGUUUUUUUUUGUUUUUAAGUUCUUGUGAGAAGGGGAGGGAAGGGUAAUAAACCACUGUGUAUCUGGGUAUAAUAUGAAGAUUGCUUUAUCUAGUUUAGCAAUCUGCUCUUGAUUAUUCUCUGCUAUCUAUAACGGUGCUGUGAGGGCGGGGAAAAGCAUUUUUCAACAUAUUGAACUUUUGUACUGAAUUUUUUUGUAAUAAACAAUCAAGGCUACAACUUUUUUUUUUUUUUUAAAUAGAAAAGAGAAAUUUUGUAAGAAGGCAAUAUUAACCUAAUCAUCAUGUAAGCAACUCUGGAUGAAGGAUUCCGCAAAACUUUGUUUUAUGGUUACUUAGAUAAUUCAUGAGGGGAAGUGGGAGGGAAGGGCAGCUCUUAAAACGCAUUAGUUGUGUUUUUUAAGAUAGUGUAACUUGCUUAAAUUUCUUAUGUGACAUUAACAAAAUAAAGCUGUUUUAAUAUU